AAUUUAAAAAUGAGUGAUUUUAAAGUGCAUUUGUUGGCGGUCGUAUUUCACCCUAUCGUAUACGAAUUAACAAAAACACAAGUGAUGCAUAUGCGCGUAGUACAACGAAAAUGCGGACUAUGAUCGGGAAUACUUCUUAUUCAUUUUACUAUUGUUCCAGUUAUGAGUAAGUCAAAAAGUGCAUCAUCAGGGUUUAUCUUAUCAUAUUAUCAUGAAAAUUAAAAAUCGUAGUGUAACUGCUAUCCAAAAUCUUUGAAUAUUUUAAUUAAGAAAUGAAAAAGUAUAAUGAAUUAUGGUUACAAAAAAUGAUAUCUCCCCUUUAUUCCAAAAAAAAUGUCCACCUCAGCGAUGAUUAACAAACUUAAUUAUGUACCUAUUAUUAUUACUCCAUAAUGGAACAUACUUCAUUUCUGUAGAUGUUGUUAUCAAGUAUUUCAUAAUUUUGUUUACAUUGAUUAAAAAUAUAACCGAAUAUUUAUUCCAGCUCUAUUUAAUGCUAAUAAUUAAUUUUAUAAUUAUGCUAUUAAAGUAUACCUUAAAUUUUACAUCGUCAUAUCAAUUAUUAAUUUUUUUUUAUAUUUCUUAAUUUUUGCUACAUUUGAAUAUUUUGCUUAAGUCAUAUAGAAAGAUUACUGUAAAUCCAUGAGAUACAUUUGUUAUUAAUUAUUAAUUAUAUUCAUAAUGUCUGUUAAAUCUAUUUUAAAAAGUAAACUAAAGAAACAUAAACCAAAUAAGUCAUUUACUUCAUCAAGAAAAAAAAGCACCAAUGCAAACACUACUUCCAAAUGGACUGAAAAUUAUUUAAAAAUUGAUCCUGAAACUUCUAUUACGGAUUCAGUCUACAACUGUACUGAAUCUGGUAUAAAGUUAAACAUUAAUGAAAAUAAUACUAAAUCAAAAUGUAAUAUGGUGGAAAAUGACAGUAAUGCAGAUCAUACAUUGAAGAAGAAAAAAGUAACUUUUGCUUCGGAUGUAAAAAAUGAUAAUGAAAAAUGUACUGCAGGAAAUAUAAAACCUUUGAGCUUAAAUAAACGAAAAAAAUUAAAUUAUUUAAAAAAGUUAAAAUUAAAAAAAAAGAAAGAAAAAAAUGCUAAGAAGCAAGAAGAAGAUGGAGCUGCAAGUUCUUCCAGGCAAGAACGAGCUAUUGAGUAUUUAUUAGAAUGGAAAAAUGACAGAAAUAUUUGGAAAUUCAAGAAAAUUUUUCAAGUGUGGUUGAUUAAAAACAUGUAUGAUUCUAUUAAGAUCACUAAGGAACAUUUUGAUAUUUUAUUAGAGUAUUUACAAACUAUAAAAGGUAGAUGCCGUUCUAUGAUCCAAGAAAAUGCCAAUUCAAUUAUAACCAAAUAUUCAGAUAAAGAAGAUGCAAAUUUAAACUCUUUAGCACACAUUAAAUAUCUUAGGGCUAGAAUGAUAAUUCAAACAUGUGAUUAAGUAUUUAUUGAGUUAAAAAAUUUAAAAAUUCAAAUUU